UUCAUCGCCUCUCUCUAAACUAAAACUCGUCAGUUCUCUUCUUCUCUCUCAACUUCUGAGAACGAAAUUAAAAAAAAAAAAAAAUUUAUUCUUCUUCUCAAAUCAUAAACCCUUAAAUCUUCAUCUCAAUGCCAUUUCACAAAGAUUCUGUUCUGUUUCAUCACUUUGAUCAUUAGUCUUCAGAUUUCAAUUUCUUGAACCAUUUCUUGAUUUUUUUUUUUGUUUCCGAACGAUGUUACGAGAAUCAGACGGUGAGAUGAGUUUAGAAACAACAAACUCACCUAUCAGCAGCGGAACAGAGAGCUGCAGUAGUUUCAGCCGUCUAUCAUUCGACGCGCCGCCGUCGUCAACCACCGCGAUAAUCCCCGAAGAAGAAAGCUUCAUCUCUCUCAAACCACACCGUUCCUCAGAUUUCGCUUACUCAGAGAUCCGACGGCGGAAAAAACACGGCCUAACCUUCCGAGAUUUUCGCCUCAUGCGCCGUAUCGGCGCCGGAGACAUAGGUACCGUUUACUUAUGCCGUCUCGCCGGAGACGAAGAAGAGAGCCGGAGCUCGUACUUCGCUAUGAAAGUAGUGGACAAAGAAGCCCUUGCCUUGAAGAAGAAGAUGCAUAGAGCAGAGAUGGAGAAAACGAUUCUGAAAAUGCUCGACCACCCUUUUUUGCCGACUCUUUACGCCGAGUUCGAAGCUUCUCAUUUCUCUUGUAUCGUCAUGGAGUAUUGCUCCGGCGGUGAUUUACACUCUCUCCGUCAUAAACAGCCUCACCGGAGAUUCACCCUUUCCUCCACCAGAUUUUACGCGGCUGAAGUUUUAGUAGCGUUAGAAUAUCUACACAUGCUUGGUAUCAUCUACAGAGAUCUAAAGCCUGAAAAUAUCUUAGUUAGAUCGGACGGUCACAUUAUGCUCUCUGACUUUGACCUCUCCUUACGCUCCGACUCAAUCGCCGCCGUUGAAUCUUCCUCAUCGUCACCGGAGAAUCAACAGCAGCUUCGUUCGCCGCGACGGCUCACUCGUCUCGCUAGGCUUUUCCACCGUGUCUUGCGGUCUAAAAAGGUUCAGACUUUAGAACCAAACCGUCUCUUUGUUGCUGAACCGGUUACAGCCCGGUCCGGUUCGUUUGUUGGUACGCAUGAGUACGUGGCACCUGAGGUGGCUUCAGAUGGGUCGCAUGGUAAUGCCGUUGACUGGUGGGCCUUUGGUGUGUUUCUCUACGAGAUGAUUUACGGCAAGACUCCGUUCGUUGCGCCGACUAAUGACGUCAUCCUCCGUAACAUCGUGAAAAGACAGCUGAGUUUCCCGACCGAUUCGCCGGCGACGAUGUUCGAGCUCCACGCGAGGAGUUUGAUUUCCGGGUUGCUUAACAAAGACCCGACUAAACGACUCGGUUCACGGAGAGGCGCGGCGGAGGUGAAAGUUCAUCCUUUUUUCAAAGGUCUAAACUUUGCGCUCAUACGCACACUUACUCCGCCGGAGAUUCCUUCAUCCGGCGUCAAGAGGCCGGUAAAAUCGGCGACGUUCGGUGGUAGAAGUAGUAACAAACCAGCGGCGUUCGAUUACUUUUGAUAUUAAACGGUUGAGAUUAGCACCACGUGGUUAGUCGGUUGAGGUCGGUGCCAGGGUUUUUGGUGACCGCCUUGUGACGAUAGAGCUGUAUAUAUUCCCUCGAAGCUGUCCUUUUUUUUUUUCCAGUCUUUAAUUUUUAAUAUUUUUGUUCCCUAAUCUGACUUCGUAUAUUAAAAACUAGGUGACUUUUCACGCGA